AUGAGUAUUUCAGCCCCCAAUUCCUUCAAAGUGGGACUUACUCCUGAUGAAAAGAGACUAUAUUCUCAACUUUUCAAAUCCUUAGAUCCCGAAGGUACAGGUAUCAUUACUGGUGAUAAAGCCCGUUCAACUUUUGAAAAAUCAGGCUUACCGCCUGCUGUGUUGGGAGAAAUCUGGCAAAUGGCAGAUAUCAACAAUUUGGGAUUCUUAACUCAAUUUGGUUUCUGUUAUGCCAUGAGAUUAAUUGGUUAUACUCAAUCUGGCCAACCUCCAACUCCUAAUUUAGCUGAUAAUCCAGGUCCUUUACCUAAAUUUGCUGGAUUCCAAAUGGCUCCUCCUCAAUUGCAACCUCAAUCAACCAAUGGAUCAUUUAUGCAAUCACAACCAAGUUCAAUUAUCCCUCAAAACACUACUACUUAUCAAUCUCAACCUCAAGAUCCAAUUCCUCCUAUCUCAUCAGCUGAUUUUACUAAAUUUAGCAGUUUAUUCAUAAAGACUACAGGUUCUCCUUCAGUAGAUUUAGGUGGUGCUCAAGCCAGGAACAUUUUCUUGAAAGCCAAAUUACCAACUGAUACUUUAGGUCAAAUAUGGAAUUUAGUAGACGUUGAAAAUUUAGGUAAAUUAACCAUGCCGGCUUUCGUAGUAGCUAUGCAUUUGAUUCAAGGUUUAUUAGGUGGAAGCAUUAAACAAUUACCUCCAUUCUUACCUGAUUCCGUUUGGCAAUCAGUUCAACAAUCAGCUAAUUCAAAUAAUCCUAUAACUAACAAUAAUACAGGAUCUCGUCAAGCUUCAUAUGCUUCUAUCAGUUCCCAACAAACUGUGAGACAUAAUCCAACUGCUCCACCUUCACAACCUCCUCAAUAUGCCCAAGCUAACAACGAUGAGUGGGUUUUGUCAUCUACUUUAAAAUCCCAAUAUGAUUCCAUUUUUAACAAUUUGGACAAAUCAAAAUCGGGUAAUUUAAGUGCUGAUCAAGUAGCUCAAUUCUUGAUGACUUCCAAAUUAGGUCAAGCUGAUUUAGCUACUGUUUGGGAUUUGGCUGAUAUUCAAAAUACUGGAGUUUUCACUAAAUUAGAAUUUGCUAUUGCUUUAUUCUUAGUGAAUAAAAAGUUAUCUGGUGGUCAAUUACCUAAUAUUGUUCCUGAUUCUCUUUUGAAAUCAGUCCAAGAAUUGGAAAACCAACAACAACCUACUCAAUCCCAAACUUUCCCAACUCCUCAAUCUACUCAAUCCCAAGUUGCUCAACCUGCUCAACCUGUUCAACCUCAAUUAACUAACCAAUCAACCAACCAAUCAAAACCAAAAUCUUCCAUUGAUGAUUUGGCUGACGUUUUCGGUUCCCCUGCUGCUACUCCUGCUCAAGAACACAAACCAAUGCUUCAAACUAGAACUUCAAGUAGUGAUCUUUCUCAUGGAGAUUUACCCAAAGUUAGAAAGAAUCUUGGUGGUUUCAAACCAACAUCCACAUUUGGUCAAAGUUUGAUGAGUAAAGAAGCUCAACCGGAAAUUCAAGCUCCAGCUGCCACUAAAGCUGAAGAUCAUCAUGACCUUUUAGGUGAUGAUGUUAAUCACACUCCUCCAGCAUCUAUUCCUGAAACUUCAAGUGAAAGCUCUUCACCUGUCCCCAAAAAUGUUAAUUAUGAUGCUUUAAGAGCUGUUCCUCCACCUCCAAGAAAAACUACUGGAACUCUUCAACCUUCAAAUAACCGUUUAUCAUCUGCAGGUAAUACUCCUCCAGUUAUUAGUAGUCCUUUAAAAUCACCACCAACUUCCAGAAAUGUCAGUUCUCCAUUGUCUCAAGGUCAAGGUCAAUCAUAUUUCCCACCUCAACCUUCAUCCAAUAAUGAUUUGUUAGCUGAUCCAGCUAUUUCGGGUCAAUUGUCUCAAGCUACUUCAGAUAUUGCUAACAUUUCCAAUCAAGUUAAAUCUUUAAACACACAAACCAUUGAUUUACAUGAAAAGAAGACCAGGGCUGAACAAGAAUUGAAUAAGAUCUUGUCUAUUAAGAAGGAGAUUGAAGCUAAAUUGAGAAUUUUAAAGAGUUCCUAUGAUAAUGAAGUCAAACAAUAUCAAGAAGUUGAAUCCAGCUUAGGCAAAGCCAAAGAAGAGACCGAAGCUUUGAGAUCAGAAUCUUCAAUCGCUGAAGCUAAAUCUAAUCACUUGUCAAGCGAAUUGAAUGAGAAGCAAGUUUUAAUGGAGAACUUACAAAAAGAAAAUGGUUCGAUGAGAGAAAGAUUGGGUACUGUCAAUGCUGAAAUUGCUGAUUAUCAAAAGAACUUAGAAUCAAUCUUAGCAGAGAAUCAACGUUUGAAUAACCAAUUGGCUGUGCAAAAAUCCCAAGUUCAAGUUUCCCUUGUUAAGAAACAAGAAAUCCAAUCAAAAAUUGAAGAAACUUUGGCCGCUAACCAAAAGGUACAGGAAGAAAUCAACAGAAAACAUGAAGAGAAUCAAAAGGCUAUUGCCGAACAAGAAUCUUUACAAAGACGAUUGGAAGAAGCUAAGAAUUUCAAACCGGUUGAACCCAAAGUUGAGCCAAGGGCUUUAUCGGUUGAAAGUAAACCUGAAGACGAAUCGAAAGCUUCAAAGGGUGUCAUAGGUGCUGCUAUUGUUGGUGCUGGUGCAGUUGCUGGUGGUAUUGCUGGAGUUAUGGGCCAUAAAGGUUCCGAAGCUAAGGAAGAAAAUGUUCCUUCUGUUGAAGAAAAUACCUCCAAACAAGUCUCUACUGAAAAUGUUCCGGCUGAAGAUGUCACUGCAAAAGAAUCUAUCGUUGACGAAACUCCUGUUGAGUCAUCAUCUACUAAAGAAACUAUUCCAUCUAUUCAAGAUGAAGUGAUAGAACCAGAAACUCCUCAAAAAGAAGAUGCAAAACCAAUCUUAUCUGCUGAUGAUAAGGAUGACUUCAGUGUUCCUGGAGCUUUCCCAACCGAGGCUCAACCUCCUUCAUAUUCUCAAGUUCCAAUUGAAGCUUUAGUUGAUGAAGUCAAGGAUAAACCAGCAGCUGAUAUGACUGGAAUUGAAGAUGUUGAUAACACUGAAAAGGUCGAAGCAGCUGAAAAAUUACCAGAAACUCCUAAAAAAUUAGAUGAAGUCGCUGAAACUAUGACUAACACUAACUCAUCAAUUACUGACGGUGAAACUCCAGUUACAUCCCCCAGUAACUCAGAUUUCCAAUUUCCUCAAGGCGGAUUGGUAGGAAUGCCAGGUGUUCUAGUAGGUGUGCAACGUACUGAUUCUUUAACUUCAAGUGUUCAAAACAACGCUUCUAUGUCAGUACGUGACGAUAACAUUGAGGAAGUCAGUGAUCGUGACACUAUUGCUAAUGAAGAAUUGACUAACGACGAAGUUGCUGCUUCACCUUCAGUUAAUAAAGAUACUGCUGAAAGCGAUGGAGAUAAACUUUCUUCAGGAGUUGAAUCUUUUGAAAUGGUCAAUGCUGAUGACGCAAAGGAAAGUGAAGUUUACCCUGAUUCUCAAGCCAAAUCUACAUUCAUUCUUAAGAAUCCUACAGCUUCUGAACCAGAAUUCGAAGAUAGAACACCAACAAGUGCUCAAGUUGAAGACGAGUUCCCUCCUAUCAAAGAACUUGAUUACGAUGAAAGUGAUUCUUCUGAAGAUGAAGAUUUCCAUGAAGCUAAAGAUUUAUCUGUAUUACCAGCAACGAAAGAUGAUUUUGAUAGCGCUUUUGAUGAUUUAGAACCAGCUGCUCCAGAAACCUCGAUCCCAGAAGUUGCACCAGCUCCAGUCGAUGACAUGUUUGCUGAUGAGUUCGAUAAUUUGGAAACUGCUAAAGCUGAGGACAUUGGAGAUGAGUUUGAUCAUGACCAAAGUGAAGAUUUCUUUAACAAUGACUUCACCAAUAGUAACAUGCCAGAUUUCUCCCAACAACCUUUAGAAGAAGCUAAAACUGGUAAUGAUGAAUGGGAACAACUUUUCGCUGGAUUUGGUAAUUCUGCAUCUGCUCAAAACACUCCUCAAGCAAGUCAACCACCAGUAUUUUCAUCUUCAAUUCAUCCCCAUCAACAUUUGAUCGAUGAACUAGUAGGGAUGGGAUUCGAUGAUAAAACUGCUCAUGACGCUUUGGAGAGAGAAAAUUGGAAUUUGGAAGCUGCUACAAAUUACUUGUUAGAUAAUGCUUAG